AUGCUGCGCCCGCCCCUCCGCUGCCUCCCGCGCCCGCCCCGCCGCGCCGCCUCUACCGGACCCGGCCGCCGCCUCCUGCUCUCCACACCCAUCUUCUACGUUAACGGGCCGCCGCACAUCGGGCACCUCUACUCCGCAGUGCUCGCCGACGCACUGCAUCGACACCGCCACCUCCGCGGCGCCGGCCCGGGCCGCCUCUCCACGGGGACCGACGAGCACGGGCUGAAGAUCCAGCAGGCUGCGGCUGCCGCAGGAACAUCACCCCCGGAGCUCUGCGAGCGCGUCUCGGGCCUCUUCCGCCAGGCCUUGGCCCAGGCCGGCGUCUCCUUCACCGACUUCACCCGUACCAGCCAGCCCCGGCACCAGCGAGCUGUGCAGCACUUCUGGGGAGCCCUCCGGGACGGCGGUGCCCUCUACAAAGGAUCCUAUGAGGGCUGGUACUGCACCCCCGAGGAGUGCUUCCUGCCCGAGAGCCAGCUGGCUGAGAGCAGGGACGCGCUGGGGCGGCCCUGCAAAGUGUCGCUGGAGAGCGGCCACCAGGUGCACUGGACCAAAGAGGAGAAUUACAUGUUCAGGCUGUCAGCAUUCCGGGAUCCUCUGUGGAAGUGGCUCCGGGAGAACCCACAUGCCAUCUCCCCUGACCCUUUCUACCAGCGUGUGCUGCACUGGCUGGAAGAGGACUUGCCAGACUUGUCAGUCUCUCGGGAGAGCAGCCGGCUGCAGUGGGGUAUCCCUGUCCCUGGUGACCCAACACAAACUAUUUAUGUGUGGGUAGAUGCCCUGGUGAACUACCUGAGCGUGGUGGGCUACCCCACGGCACAUGCAGAGUGGUGGCCAGCUGCACACCAUGUUGUGGGCAAGGACAUUCUCAAGUUCCAUGCUGUUUACUGGCCAGCUCUGCUGAUGGCAGUGGGGCUGCAGCCCCCUGAGCAGAUCCUUGUGCACUCCCACUGGACUGUUCGUGGGCAGAAGAUGUCCAAAAGCCUGGGCAAUGUGGUUGACCCCUUCUCCUGUAUGGAACAGUACACUGUGGAUGGGUUUCGGUACUUCCUACUAAGGCAGGGUGUGCCUGAGCGGGACUGUGACUACUACCAUGAGAAGGUACUUAAGGUGGUGAAUUCAGAACUGGCAGAUGCACUUGGGGGGCUUCUGAAUCGGUCCACAGCCCUCAGCAUUAACCCCAGCAACACCUACCCUUGUUUCUCAGAGUCUUGUUUUCCAAAGGUCUCAGAUUUCAGGGAGGCAACAGGCACAGGCAGAGCUUCUGCUGAAGACUACGAGCUGCUGGCAUCCGUGGCUUCUCUGCCUCUGCAGGUGGCUGGUUACUUUGAGGGUUUCCAGAUCUACAAGGCUUUAGAAUGUAUCACCCUGUGUGUAAGGCAGACCAACAGUUUCUUCCAGAGGCACAGGCCGUGGAAACUUGACCGGAAAGACCCCGCUGAGCAGCUCUGGCUUGACACCAUCAUCCACGUCACUCUGGAAUGCCUGCGCAUCUUUGGGACUCUGCUGCAGCCCGUGAUCCCACACACUGCAGACAAGCUGCUGUCCAGGCUGGCUGUUGAGCCACAGGAGAGAGCUCUCUCCAGUUUGACGUUUCUACCUCGCUACAGUGGGAAGCCAUGUCCUUUUGAGGGGAGGCAGCUUGGACCUGAUACUGGCGUCUUAUUUCACAGACUAGAGAAAUCCAGGAAGCAUCAGAGGGAAACCAAGAAGCCGUAGUCCCUGGCACAGAGCUCCUGCAAAUAAAA